UAUCGUCCGCCUCUACUCAAUUAUCUGCUAAUGGUCUCUUAUUAUUCUUGAACUUUUAAGCAUCCCCAUUUUUAUGAACAUCAUUGUAUUUCGGAAUAGUGAUAAACGUCCAGUUGUUUUUAACUGACAACUGAUAAAUUCAUUAUAUCCUAAUAAAUUCAUAGUAUCUCCACUCAUUGCAAUGCAGUCGGUCAGAUUUUACUAAAAUUAAUUUUUUUCGUUAUUUCUUUCAACUUCAUUCUUCUACCGUAUAAUUAGAAACACACCCUACAUGUACCUGCUCUUAUUGAAAUACAGGUUAAAAGUUAAAAACUUUAUCAGCACAAACUAAAAUUACGAUUUUUAACUUGAGUGUAUUUUUCUAAAAAAAAAAUUGUUUAAAGUUUUUUUUUUGCUCAAUAAAACAGUGAAGAAAAUAAAUACGUUUGCGAGAGUAACUGAAAAAGCAGUUACAUGAAAAUCGUCAUUUGUUCCACACUAGAAUUCAAAUUCUUAUAUUAAAAUUAAAAUUUUUAUUUAAAACUUAAUUAUUACCAAAUUGAAAUUCUAAUAUUUUUUAUGGAAUAACGAAAAAUUUAGUGAUCAGCGUUUGAAAUUUUAGGGAAUCACAAUCAGUCACGUAACUACUUAAUCAAAGAAUCAAUUACAUAACAGCAUCCAAAUAUGUUGUUUAUACAUAAAUUGAGCAUUUAUUUUAUUAUUAAUUCUCUUUUCCUCAUUGGAUUUAUUCAAGCUUAUGAGCAAUAUAUUGGUAACGCGAGACAUGAUGAUUAUCCUAACAAAUGCUAUCAUCAGGAUACUGGAAAAGCAAUGGAAUUUGGUGAAGUUUGGAGACCGACAAAUAGAAAAUAUCACUGCGAAAAAUUAACAUGUAGAGAUGAUUACGUAAUUAUGAUUAACAGCUGUCCUAGAUAUCAAGUAACAGAGAACUGUAAAGUCAUAUCAAAUGAUUACACUCAACCAUAUCCAAAAUGUUGUCCAUCACUUGCAUGUCGUGAUCGAAAUGGAAAUUUAUCAGUACGACCCACACAUACUGAAUAUGAAGAUAUUAAUAACAUUUUAGUUUAGAAUUUAGAGCAAAAAAUUUAUAAGUCAAAAAAUUUUACAAAUUAA